AUGCAUCCCAAUAUAAAUGAAAGGCUUGCCCCAGUUCAUCCUUGCAGAAUUCAAGUAAAUGAAGUUGACGACAUGCAAAAGGAUCUUGCUCAACUCUUAAACAAGGUGCAACGUCAUUCCAAAUGCAGUGAUGGCUACUGUAUAAGGUAUAACAAAAAAACUAAGUCGAAAGGCUGUCGAUUUAAAUUUCCAAAGGCUCUUCAAGAAGCAAGAGAUUUAGUGCUUAAUGAAAAUAACCAAUAUGAACUAGUCACUGAAAGGAAUGAUCCUUUACUAAAUAAUUUUAAUCCUUACAUACUUCAAACAUGGCGAGCCAAUAUUGAUUUUACCCCUGUUCUUUCAAAACAAGCUCUUAUUAACUACUUAGCAAAGUAUAUUUCUCAGCCUGAAAAGGAAUCUAAACAGUUAAUAGACAUUCUAAAAAAAAGAGACUACAGUGCGCAAGAGACUUGCCAUCUCAUUAGUGGUAGAAGACUGUACUCAGCUGGAGGGAGAAACUUUAUAACAGUAAACUUUUCACGUAAGUCUGGUGAAUGGAUAUUUAUUCCUCAAGACAAUCGUAAACAACCAAAGACAAUCUUUGAAAGAUAUAAAGACAGAGCAAUUCAAUAUGAUAAUGAAAGUCUGUGCUAUAUGGCAAAGAACUUUAAUUUGUCUUCAGGUGAAAAAUAUGGAAAAGAAGCAAUACUCCAAAUAUAUCCUAAUUAUCAACUGAAGCCAGGUGAAGAUGAUCACAAUGAGUUGUAUUAUCGUCAACAAGUUUUAAUGUACAUUACAUGGAGACAUGAAGAAGAGUUCAUUCAAAAUGAAUUGCAAUGGAAAGAUAUCUAUGAUGCAAACAUGGAACUUAUUAGAUCAAACAGUUUAGUCAAAUGCAAUUUGGAUGAAGUAAGCCCACAAGAUUCUGGAUUUGAAAAUAUAGUUGAUAUUAAUGAAGAUUACUACUCCAUCGAAGAAUGGAUGACAAUUUCCAGAAUGGGUCCAGGCCAAAUUGUGGAGAAAGUAGAACUUGGUAGGCGAGACAUAGAUAUUAACAAUGAUUGGCAUGCUCCACUACAGAAAUAUGAAUCUUUGGGAGGAAUACCAUUUUUAAGUACCUUCAUUCAACUGGCAAAGGAGCAAGAAACCACCUCAGCAAUACCAAUAACACCGCCCAACGUUGUUUUCUCACCUGAACAGCAAAGUGUCAUGGAAUUGUUGGACUUACAAUUAAAGUCUUUAAAUGACACCCAAUUUUCACCCAAUUUUUUGUUGCCAAAACGAAUAAUUGUUCAAGGCAGAGCUGGAACUGGUGAGGGAUCAUACAUUAUAAUGACUCCAACUGGUGUUAGCGCCAAAAAUGUUAAUGGUUCAACGUACCAUUCUGCUUUACAUAUCAAUUUGAAGACCAAAGACUUUGGCCCUCUCAAAGGACAAGCUUCUCAUAACAUUCAGAAGAAAUUUGAAAAAAUUAAAUUUAGAUUAAUAGAUGAAUACAGUAUGAUUGGUUGCAACGCUAUGCAUAUGAAAAGAGAAUACAAGAAGCUAAAGGAUUCACAGGAGAAGAUUUCUCUUCGUGUUUUGUAUAUCUUUUUGGUGAUGCUAAACAACUUGCACCAGUUGCAGAUACUCCAGUUUAUUCAGAUAAGACAGAAAGAUACUUCAUUUCAACAAUUACUAAACAAUGUUGGUGAUGGAACAGUUUCUAUUGCUGACUAUGAUAUUUUAAAACAAAGAUUUACCACAAGUGUGUCCAAAGAAGAACGACUUUCAUUUCUUGAUGCCGUUUAUCUUUAUUCAACUCGGCUAGAAGUUCUGCACCACAAUCGAUUAAGACUGGAGAAUCUGAAAGAUGAGAACAAUUGCCUUUGUCCCAUAGCAAGAAUUCCAUCUCUACACAACUGCAAAUCUGCGUCAAGUGGAAGUAUUGAUGAUGCAGAAGGACUUCCACCAGUUCUAUACUUAUCAAAAUGUUCAAGAGUUAUGCUCAACAUAAACACCUGGACUGAAAAAGGACUUGUCAAUGGUGCAAUGGCAACAGUAGUGGACAUAUUGUACCAUGAAAAUUGUUGUCCACCAAAUGUUUUACCUGCAGUUAUUAUCUGCAAACUAGGUAACUAUGAUGGACCAUCAGUUGAUGGAUUAGUUCCUAUAAUACCAGUAACCAAAUCAUGGAAGGACAAAAGUGGACAAUCUUGUACUAGGACACAAUUCCCUCUAACAUUAUGUUUUGUUUGCUGCAUCCAUAAAUCUCAAAGUCUUAGUCUUCAGAAGGCUUACGUUAAUAUUGGAGUUAAAGAAAUGUCAACCGGUAUUAGUUAUGUUGGUAUAACAAGAGUGAAAUCUUUGGAAGGGUUGCUCCUUGAACCAUUCCCACCUAAGCGACUUUUAAUCUAA